GGCCGUGCGGGGCGGCAGCCGCCGGCGGGCCAUGCUGCUAAAGCUCCUGCAGCGCCAGACCUAUACCUGCCUGUCGCACAGGUAUGGGCCCUGCCUCUGCCUCGGGGGGCUCGUCCUCAUGAUCGUCUCCGCCCUGCAGUUCGGGGAGGUUGUCUUGGAGUGGAGUAGAGACCAGUAUCAUGUUAUGUUUGAUUCAUACAGAGACAACGUUGCUGGCAAAUCAUUUCAGAAUCGGCUGUGUUUGCCCAUGCCAAUUGAUGUGGUCUACACCUGGGUGAACGGCACAGAUGUUGAACUGAUCAAAGAAUUGCAACAGGUCAGGGAACAGAUGGAGGAAGAACAAAAAAUAAUGAGGGAAAUCCUUGGGAAGAACACAACAGAACCAACAAAAAAGAGCGAGAAGCAACUGGAGUGUUUGCUGACACACUGCAUCAAAGUGCCAAUGCUUGUCCUGGAUCCUGCACUGCCUAUCAACGUCACACUGAAAGACCUGCUGUCCAUUCAUCCUGCUUUACAAGCUGCUAACAAUAUGUUCUUUGUAGCAAAACCAAAAAAUCCUUCUACCAAUGUGACAGUAAUUGUUUUUGAUAGCCCUAAGGAUGUUGAAGCUGCCCAUUCUGGAAUGAUGAAAGACAACAGCAAACAGAUAGUAUGGAGGGCUUACUUGGCGUAUCUCUGUAUAAACACAAUCUUUUGUCAGGAUGAAGAUGUUCUGUUUAAGUUACAGCUUUAUUCAGAAGCCAGCGUGGCUCUCUUGCAACUGAAUAACCCUAAGGGUUUCCAAGAACUGAACAAGCAAGCAAAGAAGAACAUGACUAUAGAUGGGAAAGAACUGGUGCUUAAUCCUGCUUAUUUAUUAUGGGACCUCAGCUCUGUCAGUCAGUCCAAACAGGAUGAAGAUGUUUCUGCCAGCCGUUUUGAAGAUAAUGAAGAGCUGAGAUACUCCUUACGAUCAAUAGAGAGGCAUGCCCCUUGGGUACGACAUAUUUUCAUCGUCACCAAUGGGCAGAUUCCUUCCUGGCUUAACCUGGAUAAUCCUCGGAUAACUAUAGUGACACAUCAGGAAAUAUUUCAGAAUGUGAGUCAUUUGCCUACUUUCAGUUCACCAGCUAUUGAAAGUCAUAUACAUCGUAUCAGUGGCCUUUCUCAGAAGUUUAUUUAUCUCAAUGAUGAUGUUAUGUUUGGGAAGGAUGUUUGGCCUGAUGAUUUUUACAGUCACUCUAAAGGUCAAAAGGUUUACUUGACUUGGCCUGUGCCAAACUGUGCUGAGGGAUGUCCUGGCUCAUGGAUUAAAGAUGGUUACUGUGAUAAAGCCUGUAAUAACUCAGCAUGUGAUUGGGAUGGAGGCGAUUGCAUUGGUAACAGUGGGGGUAGUCGCUAUGUUGCUGGUGGAGGUGCAGUUGGAGGUAUUGGGAAUGGACCACCAUGGCAGUUUGGUGCAGGAAUAAGUGGUGUUUCAUACUGUAACCAAGGUUGUGCUAACUCCUGGCUGGCAGACAAAUUCUGUGAUCAGGCCUGCAACGUCCUCUCCUGUGGAUUUGAUGCUGGUGACUGUGGCCAGGAUCACUUUGAAGAGAUGUACAAGGUGACACUUCAGCUUAAUCAGACCUACUAUAUUGUUCCUAAAGGUGAAUGUCUGCCCUACUUCAGCUUCAGUGAAAUAGCCAAGAAAGGAAUUGAGGGUUCAUAUAGUGAUAAUCCAAUCAUCCGACAUGCUUCAAUUGCUAACAAAUGGAAGACUAUCCACCUCAUAAUGCAUAGUGGCAUGAAUGCAACUGUGAUCUAUUUUAACCUUACGUUCCUAAAUAAAAAUGAUGAAGAGUUUAAAAUUCAAGUAGCUGUUGAAGUUGAUACUAGAGAGGAACCAAAACCAAACAUAACUUCCACACAGAAAUCCAACUCUGAUUUUAAAAGUGUAACUUCAGUACCAGAAGCUGAAAUGAUAUUUGAGGAUAUUCCUGAAGAAAAACGCUUUCCACGAGUCAGGAGACGUCAAAAUGGCACAAAAGAGAGUCUGCAUGAAGAGGUGAUAAUACCAUCAGUAAAUGUGUCUCUUCUUCCUGAAAAUAUUCAGCUGGAACUGAAGAACCUGGACUUAAAACUACUAAAUGGUGAUAUCACUCAGAAAGGAUUUAAUCUAUCCAAGGCUGCUCUCCUGAGACCUUUCCAGUUCUUAACUACAGUGAAGAGUAUUAUAGACCUGGAAAAGAGGGGUGUGCAUAAUCAUUCAGAAGAUCUGAAGAACCAUACUAGCUUGCAGAAGCCUUAUAAAGAUGUAAAUAAUGGCAAAAUAAAACCAAUAAAAGCAAAUAAAGAUGUUUCUUCAAGGCCUGUGGGAACAAAGGGGACUCUUGUGACAAUGAACACAAAUGAAUCUAUUUAUAAAGGAAAACCUAAAGCCACACUUCCCUCCCAGAGCAUGGGGAAAAAAAAUGAUACUCGGGAAAAAGUAUUGAAUGCACUCAUAUUAAGGGAAACACAGAAAUCAAAACAUACUGGGAAUUUAGAUACUGGAGAAGGCGUACAGGGAAUGGAAGGCGGAAAAGAGCAGGAGCAGGUGGAUACAAAUAAAAGGGAGGGGCUAGUGGGAAGAAAAUUACAGUCUUAUGCUGGAAGUUACCAAGGCUUUUUGCCGUGGGAGAAAAAGAAGUAUUUCCAGGACCUUCUUGAUGAAGAAGAGUCAUUACUCAAACAAAUGUCGUACUUUACUGAAGGCAAGCAUUUUGGAAGGCAGCUGAAAGAUACCUUUGCUGAUUCCCUUCGAUAUGUAAAUAAGCUUUUAAACAGCAAGUUUGGAUUUACAUCUCGUAAAGUCCCCGCUCAUAUGCCUCACAUGAUUGACCGCACUGUUAUGCAAGAGCUGCAGGACAUGUUUCCUGAGGAGUUUGACAAGACAUCAUUUCACAAAGUGCGGCACUCAGAAGAUAUGCAGUUCGCUUUUUCGUACUUCUACUAUCUUAUGAGUGCAGUUCAGCCACUGAACAUCUCUCAGAUCUUUGAUGAGGUUGAUACGGACCAGUCAGGCAUCUUGUCUGACCGAGAGAUUCGCACGUUGGCCACGAGAAUCCAUGAACUACCACUAAGUUUGCAGGAUUUGACAGGUCUAGAACAAAUGCUAAUAAAUUGCUCUAAAGCUCUUCCUGCCAACAUUACUCAGAUCCACGUUAUUCCUCCGACUCAAGAAGCGUAUUAUGAUCCAAAUCUGCCUCCAGUAACCAAAAACCUAGUGACUAAUUGCAAACCUGUGACCGACAGAAUUCGUAAGGCGUACAAGGACAAAAACAAAUACAGGUUUGAAAUCAUGGGAGAAGAGGAAAUUGCCUUCAAAAUGAUUCGCACAAACGUUUCUCAUGUAGUUGGUCAACUGGAUGACAUACGAAAAAAUCCCAGAAAAUUUGUUUGCCUAAAUGACAAUAUUGAUCACAAUCAUAAGGAUGCUCAAACAGUGAAAGCAGUGCUUAGGGAUUUUUAUGAAUCAAUGUUUCCCAUACCUUCCCAAUUUGAACUGCCAAGAGAAUAUCGGAAUCGUUUCCUUCACAUGCAUGAACUCCAAGAAUGGAGGGCAUAUAGAGACAAGCUCAAGUUUUGGACCCAUUGUGUUCUAGUAACACUUAUUGUAUUUACAGUCAUCUCAUUUUUUGCUGAACAGCUAAUUGCACUUAAACGAAAGAUUUUUCCAAGGAGAAGGAUCCAAAAAGAAGCUGGUCAUGAACGAAUCAAAGUGUAGAAGAGCUUUAUUUUGGAGAUCAGUCUACCUCAAGAUGUGAUUAAGCAUUUUAAAUCUUUCUUUCAUAAGUGUCUUUUCUGGUUUAACAUUUAGCUACAUUGAUAUGAAGAAAAAAAUCAUGCAUCUAGAGUUAGAAUCUCUGCAGUAAUUUCAUGAUAUAAAAGCUGUUGGAACUGUGAUAACACAAAAUAACAAAAAAUAAUUGCAGGAAACCUGUGCAUAGGCAGUUUUCAACAGAUCUUAUUUUAUGACUCUUAGUUCCUUGGCCAUGUUAUCCUUUUUUAUAAAAAGGGUUACCUAAACAAAUGUAACUGCAUUUAUUGCAGUGGAUAUUGCCAACGAGAUAAAAUGUUGGAAGGAAAUGUUAUUUGGGAUCAGCCUAACAAGUCCUUAGUCUUGCAUUCCAAAGCAUUUUGCAAAUUUCUGUCAUUGCUGCUUUUUUUAGACCUAUGGGGAAAUUGGUAAUUAUGUGACUUGUCAUUUAAAUUUAGUAUACAUUUAUAGAUGUUGGCAUUCUUUAAAGCACAGUGACAAUUCAUCUUCCUAUUUGUAGUAUUUAACUGGGAUUUGGAAGAAAUGUAUGCUAAUAAAAAAAUUACACAGUAAUAAAACAUCUAAUGGUUAUUUGAAAGGUAUUUUAUAUCUGGUGUAUUCUACUCCAGAGAAUACAAUUAUGUUAUUUCUUGCCUUGAUUACAAAGAGAGGGUUGUAAUGAAAUGAGAAUGAUCAAGGAAUAAUAUUUUACAAGCAUUGUAACUAUAAAAGCAAAAGUGCCUCUCUAUAUGAAUGGGUAACAAAGUUCUAGAGUAGAAAAGUUUGGGAGCAGUGUUUCACUUUGGAAAACAAUGUUUGUACUGAUAUACAAAGCUUUGGUGUUUUUAAAUUUAAAAAGAGGGUUUGGCCCUGUGUUUUGCUGAGACAUCAGAGUAAUGUUGUUUUAUGUGGGAAAGGGUACUGAAUCUUUUCAAGCAGAAACUUUUGGUGGUGUAUGUUCAGUUAAUUGUGUUAAGAGUAUUCAAAAAAGCAUUAAUUUUUGUAAUCAGAUGAUGUACAAAAUGUAUGUGAAUAUGUAUUGUAAGAUACUUGGUUUGCUUUGAAAUUAACUAAAAUAUGAUGGAAGUUU